UAAUAAAUUCCCUUUCCCUUCAAAAGAAGAAGCAGAGCGACCUGCUUUUCAAGAAGCCAUGGCCGCCUCCUCCUGAAAUCGCCGCCGGCUUCCCUCUCCGGCUCUCCCCCACCUAGAUGCAUGGCGGCCGCCGGUGGCGGUCGGCGGCCGUGGCGAUCUGCCUGCUGCCGGUCGUCCUGCCGCUGGCGCUCCUCUGCCUCCCGCUGCUCUGCUUCGCCGUGACCGUCGUCCGGUUCCGCCGCCGGCGGCGGCUGAGGAUGGCCGCGAGGAAGGGGAAGGCGCCCGGCUGCUGCUUCGUCGACGGGGAGGAGCGGACGUCUCCGGAGAAGGAGGAGGGCGGCGGGAGCCGCGCGGCGCUGCUGCUGCAGUAUCUGGAGGACCAGAUGGAGCUCGUCGGCGGCGGCAGCGGCGGCGAGGCGGAGGAGGGCAAGAAAGCAUCGGCGCCAAUUGGAGACGAGCAUCACGAGCUUAGCUAAGCUUGGAGAUCAAGAUUAAUUUUACGAUUUUUUUUUUGUUGUUGUUGUUUGAUUGAUGAUAUGCUCUGCUUCUUGGAGGAAAAAAAAUUCGUUACAUGCCCAAAAAAAAUUAAGAAAAUAUUUCCUUUUCUUUGCUCGAGUUUUUUUUUUUGUUGCUGCAGUAGUAGAUAUAUAUUAUUAGGAGAGGUGUUGUUGAGAGCAUGUGAUCUAGGAGUAUUUGAUUAGAUGAUUCAUGCAGGUGAUGCCUGACAGCUUCAUCUGUUAGACAAUUGGAUUGGGAGUUGAUUGUUCCUCUGCCCUGUUUAUCCUCUGCUUUUUUUUUGCUCAUCUGUCUUCUUGUUUCAGUUAUUAAGCCUAAGUAUAUCAUCUGA